GUUUAAGGAUGCAUUUUUUAUUUUUAAAGAGAGGGAACCUCUUUAUCAUAAUUUACCAACAGAGGAAGAAUGGGAGAGAGUAGAGAAUGUAUGUCAAAUCUUAUCUGUGUUCAACACAAUCACUAAUCUCAUAUCGGGAAGUGACUACCCAACUUCCAAUUUAUUUCUUUCUGAGAUGUAUCGAGUGAAAGAAAUUUUACAAAAGAGAGCAAUGGAUAACAACAUAUACAUCAAAGCUAUGGUUGGGAAAAUGAAUGCGAAGUUUGAGAAGUAUUGGGGUGAGUGCAAUUUAUUGAUUUCGAUUGCUGCUGUCUUAGAUCCACGGUGUAAAAUGAAGUUGAUUGAAUUUUGUUUUCCAUUGAUUUAUGAAAAGUCUGAAGUGAUAUACAAUAUUGAGAAGGUCCGUGGAGCUUUAUAUGAAAUGUAUGAGCAGUAUGCAGCUAAUUUUGCCUCAACCAACGAGGAAGGUAGUAGUCAGAGAUCAUCUAAAUCCCAGGGAGAUGAUGUUGGUUCUAGCUCUACAGUUGAUAUUAAUUCUGGAUGGUCUAAAUUUGAUGAGUUUGUAGACAUGACUGAAAAUGCUCCCCCUACAAAAUCUGAUUUGGAUGUUUACCUAGGAGAAGUUGUUUAUAGAUGUUCUCAAGAAGAAAGAGGAAAAUGGAAUGCUUUAGGUUGGUGGAGGGUAAAUAGCCUAAAGUAUCGUAUUUUGUCAAAAAUGGCUUCAGAUGUUCUAGCUAUUCCCAUCACAACAGUAGCUUCAGAGGCUACAUUCAGUGCAGGUAGUAGAGUUAUCGACACAUAUCGGGCUAAUUUAGCACCAAAAACUGUUGAAGGUUUGAUGUGUGGAGGUGAUUGGAUACGAAAUCUUCAUGGGUUAAAGAAGAAAUCACGCAAGAAAGAAGAAAAGGAUGAAGAGUUUGUUCUCAAUGUUCCAUAAAAGUUAGGUUGGAGUUUCGGAAGUUAUAGAGUUCAUUUCAAAACAUGGAGAUUCAAGCUGCUUACAAUCAAGAAGGAUUGUUGGAGUUUAAUUACAGAUUUUGUUAUUGUUUAUGAAGUAUUUGACUCGUAUAUUAUUUUGGAGUUUACUUACGGAUUUUAUGUAGUGUUGGCUGCUAUUGUAGUAAUUUUACUUGUAUUAAUGUUGGAUUUUAUUUGAGGAAUUUUUACAG